UGGACAAACCUGCGUUGUGGAUAAGGGACUUACUUCAAUUGGAUAAUGGAUUAACGCGUCAGAGAUAAAACGCAAACAGGCUAUUCUCAACUCCAGAUUUCAAUGUAUUGGAAGAAAACACCCACCAACCCACCCAUCCAUAAGGAAAUGUACCCAACUCUUUUAACCUAGUUGAAUAAACCGUUCACCGGUGCGCACUGAGAGAGUGCGUGGGUAUCUGUGUGUCUUUUGUACUUAUAGCCAAAGUUGGUCUGGUUAUAUGGGGAGGCUUGAAGAGCGCUAGACAUUGACCUAGACGCGCCAUACAGGCAGGCAGACAGUGAAAGGAGAAAUCAGUCGCUUUGAGAUUCGGAGUGGUCAGAGUUGCGUCGAAGUGCGGCAGAGGGAUAUGGAUUGUGCGUCGGAUGCCAUCGGACAUUAGUGCGCAUCUCUAUCAAGAGGAAGACUAUGAAGCUGUUGAUGCUGGUUGAAUAGGUGACUUUCUCGGAAGGAAACAAAUUCUGGAAAAGAAGAAGCGCUGAUGAGGACAGAAAACAACGUUUAUCUCGCUAAGUAAAGAAUAUACAAGAUAGGAAUAAAUUGGAUAGAUUGGGGACUUCAAAUUACUUGUUAGUUGUCACUUAAAUGGAGAAAAUGAUUCAAGUCGGAGGGAGAUGUCUGACAAUAUUGAUGAUCUUUUUAGUACUUUUUGUUGGCUUGGUGAUGGGCUUUCCCACCAAACAGCACAAUAAACUGCAUAACAGCGUGUCUUUGGAGGCUCGUGCUCAGCCGCCCCCAAGUGGGGUCCAUCGUGGACCGGAGGCCCUGGAGCAGCAGAACCAGGUCCAGAGCCUCCUCCCCCCUGACACCGAGCACCGCCACAAGAGGAGGUGGUCCCACUCUCAGCAUCGCUCCGUAGGGGUUCUGCCCCAGCCUGAGCCGGAGGAGGAGAUGAAACCCUUCGUUCUGGACCUCAAUAACUUUCCUGAACUCGCCAACGCAGACAUCAGCUCUCAGAACCCCAACAUCCAGGUGACCAUUGAGGUGGUGGAUGACCCUAACAUAGAAGUGGAGAUGGAUCUGGUCAAGGACUGGAUCCCUCCUUCCUCUCCGUCCACUGUAGACUGGCUGGGGGGUAAGAAGCUGUUCUGGCCCCUGUUCUGGGGCUACACAGACGCUGACUCCAGUGAGGAUGGGACAGGCCGCUCAGGGUUGGAGGAGACUGGAGAGGAGGAGGAGGAGGAGGAGGAGGAAGAUUACGCGUUGGAGUACGGUAGUGAGGAGCCCCUCCCAAGCGGAGUGGGGGGAGACUGGGACAGUCGCUGGAACGAGGGUUGGGACGCCACUCAUAGCUACCAUGAGAAGGAGGGGACGGAGGAGUGGAGUGCCUGGUCUCCAUGCUCAGUCACCUGUGGUCAUGGAGAGAGGAAGAGGACCCGGUCCUGUGGCUACAGCUGCACCCUGACAGAGGCCUCCAAAUGUGACAUGGAGCCUUGUCCAGAUGAUGUCAACACAGUGGCUGAACCUUUCCCCUUCGAGAUGGAGAAUGGCACUGAACCGUUUGGCACAGAUGUGGACACAUGUGAGAAGUGGCUGAACUGUAAGAGCGACUUCCUCCAAAGGUACCUCAACCAGGUCCUGUCAGAACUACCCAGCUGCCCCUGCGCCUACCCCUCGGCCGUCGCCUACACCGUGGUCAGCGUUUUCGACGAGGGACAUGACCAGACCUUCCGUUGGCAUGACGCCAGUGGCCCUAAAGAACGCCUGGACAUCUACAAACCCUCUGCGAGGACUUGCAUCCGCUCGGCCCUCUCUGGCGAUGUCGCUACGCUCGGCGCCCAGCACUGUUGCUACGACGAUCGUGGCUGUCUGAUCACGCGGGGAAAGGGUGCAGGAACACCCAACCUGAUCAGCACGGAUUUCUCCCCGGAGCUCCACUUCAAGGUGGACGUGCUGCCCUGGAUCCUGUGUAAAGGGGACUGGAGCCGCUUCCAUGUGGUGCGGCCGCCCAACAACGGCCUGGUCUGCCCUGAGAACCCCCACCAGGACGUGUUCAUGAACGAGCUGGAGGAGGCCCGGGAGUACUGAGAACGCACGCAGCAGCCAAAACUACACUACCCAGAAUUCACCCGUACAGUGUGGCCCAAUCCUAACUUGAGAAGGGAGCAUGUGUAGGACUGUUUUGCAUUGCAUUUUGCAUAUAAGGAGGUAUGGCGGUUGUAAGGUUGAGGUGCAAGUUGAUUUCAAGUUAGGAUUUGGCACAUUAAACAUCCUGUGACCAGACCCAACAGAACAGAACUGAACUUAAUUGAACUGAACAAAAAAAAAAGAUGCAGUCCUGUCAAUGCUUGCCGACGUGUUUCGCAUCCAGCAUGGUACCAAGCUCUGUCUCUCUCUUGCUCUCUGUCCCUUAGUCUGGUGCACUUCUGUGUGCAUAUAAGCACGACAUUGUCGUGUAGCCUGUUGGUGGCUUGUUGUUGGUGUUGUAGCUCUGUGUGAUUGACGAUAGCAACAUAAACAUCCCAAACGUACUUCCUGAUUUGAUUUUGCUGUGUGAAAUGUUUGAUACUGUAGUAAGUCUUAUUUUGAAGAGGGGAUUGUGGAAUGUGUCAUGCCCAACACAUUAAUAUAGUCAUAACUAUGCUGCUAUGAGAAGAUGAAGUUCGAUAGGUACUGAAGGGGGAUAUAUGAUUGAACAAGCAUGAAUUUGCUGAAAGGUUUUUCUUAAAAAAUAUAAUCUAAAGCUGAGGAGCGAAUUUGGUCUAAAGAAAGAAGUUUACAAGCACGAACAACCACACCCAGCACCUCAUGCUCAUUCUUGAUAACAUGCCAACAGAACAUCUUCUUAGAAGCUUGGAGGUGGAGACAGUCUUCUGGUCUGGACUGAACUUAUCGUCCUCCGUUUCAACAAUGACAGUUUGAGAACCUUCAAUCAUGGAUGUUUCAACAGUUUUCUCAGGGGGACUCAUAUUGUUAGAGAUUAUAACCCAUAUGCACCUCAGCAGUGGAACAGCAUUGGGAGCCACUACUUCAGAGUGCACUUCAGAGUGUACUUCAGAGUGCACUUCAGAGUGUACUUCGGACUGUACUUCAGAGCGCACAUUGAAGAUGAGAAUGGUACCUGUUACGGAAACGAAAAAGUUGGAUCUACAGUGUAAAUGGAUGAAGAGCAGAUAAAUACAGUAUUCAUUAAGAUAAAGUUAUGAAAUUAUGCUCUUUGUGCGAUUUUUGGCAAGCCAUUUUUUCUGUCAAUGUAAUUAAAGUUGAAUAGCUGUUUUAUUCCAUUACGAUAUGUUGCAUUGUUUUUGCAAAGACUUCGUAGGAGUGGGAACUGUUGGCUUGAAGUCUUAACAUUUAUGCUCCAAACCUCUUUCAGGAAUUCUAUUUAAAUGUGUGCAAACAUGCAUUACAUUUUGAAAUCACAUGUUGUUGUUUUUUUAAAGGAAGGCACUUUAUUUAAGGUAUAUAUACAAAUGAUGGCAUGUAUGAAAAUCAAAUGUACCCAUGUUUUUUGCAUUUGUUUAUAUGUUAUAAUGUUAUAAUUGUGAAAGGAUAACUUGCCAGAAAUGUUGCAUUGUUCAUUUGUAAAGUAUAUUAUCAUGUGAGUUUCUGUUUAAAAGCAUGGUUGAUCUUUUGUGAUUUCUUAAACUAGUAUAACUAUACUCAUAGAAAAAAGGUGCUAUCUAGAACCUAAAAGGGUUAUUCGGCUGUCCCCAUAGGAGAACCCUUUGAAUAACCCU